UCAUUUUCACUUGCUACACUGCUCUAAACUAGCUACAUCAAUCCUCAAAAAGGAAACUUCAAAAUGGCGUUAUUCCAAAGAGAGCAGGUAGGUAUUAAGCUUACUGGAACUAGCGCCAGUGUUCCUGAUGUUCCUAAAGCUAAAUUGAUGUAUUAUCUUGGUUGUAUGUCUUCGUUGUUAGAAUUGGACGAUAUGCCGCGUGAAAUGACAGAUUACCACAACUACCAUAGGCUGGGUGAAGAUAAGACAACAAUCCUUCUCAAAUUUUGUCUACUUCUUAACCCGGAGCUUUUGGACGGAAAAUGCAUUUUCGAGGCAAAUGAUUUGCCCAGCAGUAAUAAGUUUGUGGAGCUGUCUUCAAUGAAAACGACGAUGGUUGCAGCGGCUGGUAUCAUGAUGGGUGGAAGAAAUGUUCGAGUCGCAAAAAUCAUGCUGUACCAACCAUCAUGGCGUCGCAACAACUUUGACGAACCAAUGGCUGCGAUGUUACGACAACUGACCUCUCGCCAAGCCUCAAGUUUGGGCAUUCGUAGAGAAAGGAGUCGAUGUGUCAUAUCAUGAAUGAUCCAAUCACCAACCACAGUCUUUUUAUUUUAUGGAUUAUAUAAUAAUGAAUAAUUAAAUCUAUGCACUUUUACUAUCACCAUUCAUGUUAUAAGUGUGAUGGAAAGGUAGUUCCAAAACAUGUUAUCCUACUAAAAAAGCACUUGGAGUAAUGUUAGAUAUAAUUUUAAUCAUUUAAAUUUUGUAAGUGUUCAUUCUCAUCAAUAAAGAUACAAUGUGAAAUAAAGUAAAUGUUUUUGUAUAUCACAAAUCACCUGAAUAACAAUCUAAAGUAAACAUCUGCAUACAAAUUUCUAUGUGUCAAA